UGCUAGGAAGCUGAGGGUGUUUAUCCCUGAAUUAGCUGGAUGGCUAACGUUGUUAGUUGGUAGGGUUUACUGUACACUGCUGGGCUUGUUUUUAUGAAACAUCAGGGCGGCUUUUCUUUGGGGAGUGAAAAUCUGUGACAGGCCGUGAAGAUGAAGACUAUGUUUGUUAUCGAGGCUUUCUCUUUGGCUUGUUUUGUGCUGUUAAGCCAAGUGACAGCCAAGAAUUCUGAAGACAUUCGCUGUAAAUGCAUCUGCCCGCCAUACAGAGAUAUCGCGGGGAAAAUCUACAAACAAAAUGUUUCUCUCAAAGACUGUAACUGUCUCCAUGUAGUUGAACCCAUGCCAGUGGAUGGAAAAGAUGUGGAAGCCUACUGUUUACGUUGUGAGUGUAAAUAUGAAGAGAGGAGCUCAGGAACCAUUAAGUUUACCAUCAUAGUGUACCUCUCCAUUCUGGGCCUGCUGCUGCUCUACAUGGUCUACCUGACUCUCCUGGAGCCCAUGUUGAAGAGACGUCUGUUUGGACACUCACAACUUAUCCAAAGCGAUGAUGAUGUUGGGGACCAGCAGCCUUUUGCCAAUGCACACAAUGUUUUGUCCCGUUCACACUCUCGACCCAACAUGCUGAACAAAGUGGAGCAUGCCCAGCAGCGCUGGAGGAGGCAGGUCCAGGAACAGCGGAAGUCUGUAUUCGACCGCCAUGUUGUUCUCAGUUAAACUGCCCUGUGAGCAAGAGUUACUGGUGAAGCAAAAAAAAAGAAAAAAACAAGAAAACACCAACAAAAAAACACUGUGACAGAGCCCUCAAUUUAUAUCACUUUCUUUCUCUCAUUUGUGGUUUGUAUCUCAUCAAGUGUGAUGCUUCUGAGGUGAACGUGGUGAAGAAGCCCCUGGCAGAUGGGGGGGAAAAAAAAAAAGCUGGGAACUGUUAUGUAGUCUGCAGGCAGCACAAGAGAUUACAGUGAAUUCAGUUUUUUUUUUUUUUUUUGCACAAUCUUGAAUGAACAGUCUUAAAUAGCAUUUGCAAAUGCAGAAUUUACUCUCUGCCCACUGUCUAGUUUGCAGAAGUGCCAAGUCACCAGAGAAUUUGCAAUGAAAAAUCCGACGGUCAGCACUAAUAAAUGCAAGAUAAAUUUCAUUAAAUUCUCAAACUGUUUCUGGCCACUGUCAGACAGAGUCCCAUCAGUCCAAAGCUGACCAGUCUUUCAGUUUUACAAGCUAAACUGGCUUUCAGACUAAAACAUUCAGAUGUUGGUUGGUGCCAUUUAUCAUGGCUGGAUAACUGGUCUCCUGGCUGCAGUAAUGAUCUGUUAGCAUGUAGCUGGUGGGUAUUUUCCACUCAAAACCUAAUAUAACUUGGAACUACUGCUCUCACCACGGGAGAAAGGAACUAGUGUAAAAUAUAGAUCCUUCAGCCUUCUUUGAAAAUGCAUGUUUUAUAGUAAAUCUUUUAUAAAUGUGUUUUCAAUCCUUUAUUCCUACCAUUAUGUUUAAUGUCUGAUAACUGGUGUGAAAUCCCUCACUUAAUGCAUUACAUUAAAUUUGAAGUUUGAAAGUAGUUUCACUGAACCUUGUUACAGAAAUUGAUGCAAUUCCUUGCUGAUGUCAUAGUAAGCGUAGCUGUGCUAUUGAUCCUCAUCUGUUGAAGACCCUAUUGAAGUCAGUGCCCUCUUCAACUGCCUAAACAAAUCUAAUGUAUAGUCUUUUAUUUUGUCACUUCUUUGUGCUUGGCCCCAACACCAGUUCCAUAAUCAAAGUCCCUGUUGUCUAACAGGCAGCAUUUAAUGUAAUGGGAGCGUGGUGUUUCUCUGAGCUCAAAGAAGUUUAUUUUGUGAAUAGUUGGGCUGUGCACAUAAGCAGAGUGGAUAAAUGGUUGGGAGAUCUUUGAAAGUGUUCUUAACUAUUGUAUAUGUGAUACCUUUAACUUUGAAAUAAAUUUAUGUAAUAUUUGUGA